AUGGACGAUACUGAAAAAAAACGGCCGUUGGACGACGACGACGACGACGACCGGUCCAACAAACGGAGAAAAUACGAUUGCGAUGACCCAUUGCAGUUUCCGCCCGACGACAACAUACCGAAAGUAAUCGACGAAAAAAAAUGGAAUUCGUUGCCCGGCAUUGUUUACGAAUUGCUCUCGUUGUUCAAAAAAGGGGACAAAACCAACGACACUACUAUCGCCGAUGAAGACGAUGAAGACGACGACGACAAAACAAAACAUGUGAGUAUUUAUUAAUUCAACGGUUUUUUUUUUUUUUUAUAUAUACGUUGAUGAUAACGGACCGUAGUAAUUAUUCUUUAAUUAGGGAUUUCUUCAGUGUGUAUACAUUUUUAUUUUAGGCUAAUGAGUUUAUUGUCGAUUCGUGCGGGUAAAAGACGGAUAGCUAAAGUACCUAUAGAGCACCAUAUUUUAUGAACCAUUAUGUACCUACUCUAUUUUCAUAUACUGUUACAUGUAAUGUACACUUAGAACGGCUGCAAUUACUAAGAACUGUACAUUUCGAUUCACUUUUACUAAAAUAGUAAUUCACUGAUAAAAAAACUAUAGUGUUGUUUGUUAAGGCAAUAAGUAAUUAGCUACUGAUGUUUUUUUAAACAAAGGGAAAUUUAGUAAACAGAUAAUAUUUGUUAUCAAAAUGGUUGGGUAGGUACUGUCUAACUGCUAAAUUAAUCAGAUUGCCAAUUAGAUUGAUAGAUUGUCCAUUUACCCCUACUAAUGGAAUAGCUUUUUAACUAGAUGAAAAGAUAUAUCCAAAGACAGUAGAAUUUAAUCAAAUUUUUUGUUCCUAAAUGGCCCAUCCAAUCCUCCACCUGGAUGCAUCUUUAAUGCUAACAGUUCGGCUAAUAUAUUUUUCUGAAAUAAAACCCUUUUAUAAUAACUUUUCAUUUUUAUCCUUAAUGAAUUCGGUGUGCUAAUAUUUCAUUACUAUACCUAACCUUAUAAAUAUAUCCGUAUAGUUAUUCAUGUUGAUUUGCUUAAGCCAUUUUUUAAUAUUUAUAAAAUAGAAAUUAUUUACUCGCUAGCUACGUAUACAUAGGUACAUCCAGUGACGUAACUAAGGGGGGUGAUGUGGGUGGUUUAUCACGUCCCAAAACAUUUUUUUUCUACAUUAAAUAAUCACUAACUUUUAUUUUUUAAGUGCUAUUAAAACUUAUUGAGUGUAUAUGUUCUUCUUGUUAUUAAUAAGUAAUAAAUAAAUAAAACCUAACUGUAAAGUUAUUUAAAUUAUUUGCAUAUUAAAGUAACUCAAAAUUGAUUUUUUGGACUUUUUUUUUUCAUUCGGUAUCUAAUUAGAACUAGGUAACUAAUAUAUUUUUUGAUAUUUAUGAGCUAUUUGAGCAAAAACUCCAAGGAGCUAUUUCUUUGGCAGUAAUUGAAAAAUUGCAGUCUUGGACGCUAAUUGCCAAACAUAACACAUCAAAAUGCAUUCACGGAGACAAUCUCCCAAGUUAUGUUUGAAAGUUAAUUGCAUUGAUGGAUAUGUAUGGAGAUAUCAAGAUUAUUUUUCAAAGGUAAAAUGUGAUGUUUAUGUAUCCAUAAGGAGAGAUAAAUUUUUCCACUAUGUCUUCCAAGCCAACCAAUAUUAUUUAGUUCUGAUUUCACCAAAAACUUCUUUUUGUUAUUGCAUAUCAAAAAAAAAAUAGUACAAAAAGUAAAUUUUGAGUUACUUUAAUAUGCAAAUGAUUGAAAUAACUUUACAAUUAGGUUUUAUGUAGUUUAUUAAUAAUAACAUAAAAAGUAAGUACAUUAGGUGAAUUCUGAUUCAACCAAAAUGUUGGGUAUAUAAUUACCAUAAUUUCUGAAAAAAAUUCCAAGAAUAUACAUUUUUGGUAUUUUAAACUCAAAAACACAAUUUUUAGAAAACCCGAGCAUUUUGAAGUUUUUUUUACUAUAACUUCCACAUUUAGUUUAAAUGACUAUUUUUGAAGGUGCCAUAAAAAUAAGCAUGCAAAAACACAUAUUUUGGAAAAAAAUUUCAAAAAGUUGCUUGGUAGGUAAACUGCAUUUGUUCCAACUUCUACAUAUUUAUUAACUAGUCAUUAACACUUAAGAAGCAUAAUAACUACCAUAGUCUAUAGGUAUCUAAUCUAAUUUUUGUUUGACUUUUUCAAUUGGGUAAACAAUCUUACGAAACUAGUCUGGUGAACAAAAAUAUUACUGGCCAAUGUGGGACUAAUAAACACACUACACAUGUGGAUAGAUGUAAAAAAGUUUUUUUUUAAUUAAGUUUUUACUUAAUUUGAAUUUAUAGAGAAAGAGUAGUUAUAAUCUUUAUGAAGUUAAAACAAGACUUAUAUUAUAUUAUCAAUUUUAUUCAAAAGUAUCACCAGAAUCAUGUAGAUUAAUUUGUACAACAAUGCUUCUAUUAUUAGCUCACAUUCUAAACAGUGUUUUUUAAUGGUGCUCUAAUAUCCCUUAUUGUUUUGAAAAAUUAAAAAACACUAGAAUAAUUAUAGAUUGUACAGAAAUUGUUUUACUAAAACCGAAAUGUUUAGCAUGUCGCAUAAAGAUAUAAAAAUAUAGUAAUUACAAAUAAAAUAUUUGAUUGGUAUAUCACCAGGUGGCUUAGUAACAUUUAUUAGUUAACCAUGUGGGGUGGGAGAGCCUCAGAUAAAACAAUUUUUGAACAAAGUAGAAUUAUAGAAAUGAUAAAAAUAUCUGAUGUCAUGGUGGAUAAGGGAUUUUUAUUAGAUGACUUCUGUGUUGAAAAAGGUAUUGAACUAUUAAACAAAGAUAUAGCUAGUGCAUCGGUACAUAUUGAAAAACAAAAUCAACAAAUAAAUGUUUUUAAGAUUUUUCAAAAUUAAUUUAUAUGGUCAAAUACAUAGUCAUCUAGCAAAUAAUAUGAUUAUUAUAGGUGGUGUAUGUAAUUUAUCUUCUCCUAUUUUUGCUAAUGAUAAAUUUUGUUUGACUUAAUUAUAAGAUAUAAAAGUAUAAAAUAAAUGUAUUUAAUGUUAUAAGCAAAUUAUAUUGUACUUUUAUUUUGAUAACUUACAAAUUUGAUGUAAUAAUUUUAAAUAAUAAACAAUUUCUAAUAUUUCUAAUUUGUUUUUACAAUAUUCAUAAUCAAAUAAAUAUUUAUAACAAUGUAUUUAUGUUGAAAACUAUCAAAAACAACAAAAUCAAAAUUUUGUAGGUUUAAUAAAACUAAACCAAGUUGGACUUGAGCAUAGUAAGCAUCCUUUUUACUCAAACUUAAUGUGCCAUAAAUAAGUACUAACUAAUUAAUAGUAAUAAUAAUAAUAGUCUUAUUUUAUUUUUUUUCGGUCGUCAAUUUUGUUAAUUGUAUUUAUGUGUAUGUACAGAUUUUAAGUCAAUUUUAUAAUAAUUAAAAAAUAAAUACACUUUAGUUAAAUUUAAUACUUUUUGUUUAGACAAACUAUUUUCUUGGUGUUGAAGAAAAAAAUGUUUUGCCAAAUCAAAAUCAAGAAGUAAACAAACUAUUGAAUACUACCACUGAAAAUAAUAAUGAUAAUCCAAUACAGAAUUGUGUUAAACCUCAAAAUACUAUAGAACUGAAUACAGAACUAGACUCUGCUAUAAAAAAUUAUUCCCAAAAUUUGGAAAAAUUAGAUUAUAUGAUUAAUGGGACAGUUACUGUAUUUGAGCAUACCAAGUCUACACCAGUUGAAAAUAUCGAAAAAAAUAUUGUUGAAAAGGUAAUUUUUAUUUGCAUAUAGAAACAUAGAAGUUUGUCAUGUCUGGCAUAGGGUAAUUAUUAUAGUUAUUGUUAUAGAUUUCAUUUUCCACUAUUAUAUUUUAAUUUUAAUAUUUCUAUAUCACUAAAGUAUUUUUUUUUUUAACAUAUCUUAAUAUUCCUUGAUUAUAAUAGUUCGGAUUAGUAUUUUGUUAAAACAUUCGAAACAUGAUGAAUUUUAUGAAUUAUCCGCAUAAAAAAACUUAUUCUUAUUUCUUAUUGAAUGAAACAUGCAAAACAUUAUGUUAUAUUAAUAUUAUAUUUAUAAACAUAAUCAGGGAAAAAAAUAAUGUUUUAAAUAGGAACCUACUUUAUUAUUAUUUAUUAAAUAUACAACUAUACUAACCCAAGCUAGUUUUAAAUAGAUAUUGUAUAACAAUUUUCAUCUUUAAAAUUUAUGAACAUAUAUAACAUAUUUAUUAAUUCAAAUUAAAACUAUUAGAAUUAGUGUUGGAAUUAGGAAGACACAUUCAAAGAAAAAAGUAGAUAGUCUAUAUUUUAUUAUCUAACUUUUAUAAAUUAUUGAUCAUUAAGAUUAAAAAAUGCACAUUUUUAGUGUCUCUAAUCCUCUUACUGGAUUCCUGUUUUGUCUUCUUCCCUGGAUAUCCCUGAAUACUGAUUUAGAAUCAGUUUUAUAAAAACAAAAAAAAUGAUACACUGGUAUUAAAAUGAAUACCUAUUUAUUCUGCUAUUUAUUUAGAAGAAUAUUUCUGUUGGUGUCAAAGAAGAAAAAUUGAAUGUUUUACCAAAUCAAAAUUGUGGAGGUGUUGAUAACUCUUCAACUGAUGUAAAUAAUUUAAUUGGUGUUGGAUCAAAUAACUUAGAGGCACCUAAUAUUGUUAAACAUAAUUUGAGAAAAAUAGAUUGUUUUAUUAAUGAAUCAAAAAAUGUACAGAUCAAAAUAUCUGUGGAUAACAAAUCUACUACUUCGAGGGAAAAUUUAAAAAAUAAUUAUAUUAAAAAGGUAAAUGAUUUUAAUUUACAAAUAAUAAUUCAAAGUUUUUUCAUUGGUGGUACACAUUUAUUCAACUCUGUGUUGAAUGAAUGGUCCACAUUUUUUACUCUCAUUGGACUGCAUAAUAUUUUACUAACCGUAUAUACAACUAUACUAACACAAGCUAGUUUUAAAUAGAUCUUGUAUCACAAUUUUCUUCUUUAAAAUCUAUAAACAUAUAUAACAUGUUAAAACUAUAGUAUUGGAAUUAGAAAGGCAGACUCAAAGAAAAAGUAGAUAGUCUAUUUCUUCUUUUUUAUAACUAUUUUGGUGAAUUAUUAUCUAACUUUUAUAAAUUAUUGAUAAUUGUUCAUUAAGAUUUAAAACACAUUUUUAGUCACCUUAUUGAAUUCCUGUCUUCUUCUUCCUUCUUGGAUAUUCCUGGAUACUGAUUUAAAAUCAAUUUUUAUAACUAGGAUUUGAGACAUUGCACUUAAAAUCCACCAAAAAAAAAAAAAAUAGCAAAAUGAAAAUAUAUGAUAAUAUAAUAUUGUAGUUAAAGUUUUAAUUAAAAAAAAAAAGUUUUUCUAAAAUUUGUUUCUUAUCUUUUCUUUUUUACAAAUUUGAUAUCAAUUAAAAUUGGCUGUAGACCAUUUAUGUCUGUGUAAACAAUUUUGAUGGAUGCCGAUUGUCCACAUAAAAAUGUUGUUUUUUCAUGAGGAUAAUUAAUAAAAUUGGUUUACUCCAUGUGUAAAAAAUAGUAAUUUUUUCUGUAUAGGUAUUCUUAAUUUUGAUUUUAAAUUGUUUGGCCUUUGUUGUUCUAUUAUUUGAUGGUGAUUUUUUUAAAAUUGAAACUGGUUAUAUUUACACUUGACCUUUAUGACCUUUAAUAAAGGUCUCUUCCAAAACUUAGAAACAUAAUCAAAUUGAUAAUAUUUUACACUUAUAUCUUGUACCAAAAUUUAACAUUGUCUACUAAAUUUCUAUUAGAUCCAUCAUUCAAUUUUGUUACUUCUUAUUUAUCAUAAUUUAAAUUUAUGCCAGGGAUAAGGUGCCUAUUAUUAUGGAUUUUAUAAUAUAUUAUAGUGUAUUAUAAAAUCAAUGAUAUUACCUAUACUUGAUAAUAUAUAAGAAAUGUGUUGCAUUAAUAUCCCAUGUUCCAUUAUCCAACACAAUUUAAAUAUUUUGAUAUCCUACUAACCUUCCAACAAACCCAUUGUUUAUUUGAAUUUUGGAGGGCUGGGUGGGUAUUGCUCCUGGCUUUGUUUCACUAUUUUUUUAUAUAUUUAUUUAUUUUGUAUUCAUAUACCUAUAUAUAUAUUUCAUAAAUAUGUAUUAUUAUUUCUUUUUUUUUUUAAUAAUAUUGUAAGUUUGAUAUAUUUGACACUUAUAAAAGGAAAUAAUUGUUUAAAAACAAAAAGUCCUCUAGUGUUAUAUAUUUUUAUAUUUUUUGAUAUCUAAUACCUUUAUGACUUGUUUAAAACAAUUAAUUCCAUUUUUAAAUAAUAUAUUUAAUAACUAAUGUUAAAGAGUAUGUGAUACACUCAGUUACUGUCUCAAAUUACAUGCAAACCUUGAAAAUAUUAUCUUUUGUGUGGUUAAACUUUAAUUUCAACCUAAAUAACAAACAUUCAUGGUUCUAAGCUAUGUAGCUACGUAUUAGCCAUGUAUUAGUUAUACUGAGACAGUAUAUGCGUGUAUCGAGUCAUCUAAACAAAAUGUUAAUGAUUUUGUUUUUUUAUUAUUAUUAUUAUGUAUGUAGGCUAAUCAAAAAGAAGAUGAAUCAAAUAAGAAAACAAGUAUUUUUGAGAAAUAUAGAAAAAAUGUUCCUGAAAAUAGCGCCCAAAAUGAUAAUAUUCUAUACCCCGAAAAUUUACUUAGAUUACCAAAGAAAGAUCACUUGUUAACUCUUUUAAAAAUACAAUGUUUAAAUGGUAUUUCAGAAUCAAACCUACCUAUUAGCAAACCACCCCCGUGUAACUGUGUUUUUUGUAUGAAAGUAGAUAAUUUACCAACUGAUAAAUGUAAAGUAAAUAAUCUAUACAGUUCAAAAAAUGGUUCUACUUUACAUCACAAUUAUGAAAAUUCUUCAGUAAUACAUUCUGAUAUGUAUAACUCUAAUCUUACAGCUUCUGACUGUUCUAUUUGUGCAUCUCAGGGUAUUUUUACUACAAACAAUUGUUUUUGUGCAAACCAAUCGUCUUCUAAAAAGCCUUCAGAUAUAAAACCACUUAUUACUCCUAAAAACAUUUGGGUUAAUAAUUUAAAACAUUUGAUAAGAAAAAAUGAGGAGACAUUCAAAGUUUUUGAAACUACCAAUAAAUCUUCAAAAUCCUCUUUAGUCCCCCAACAAAACGCUAUACAAAAAGUGUAUAACACUGCGAAAUUUAUGAUUGAUGCAUUGUGUAAUUUUUGUAAACAUUCAAAGUAUUCUUGUAAAUGUAAUAGAAAAAAUACUAAAAGAGAUAAUAAUGACAUGCCGUUCCAUGGGUAUCACGGGAGUUACAGAAGUAGUAGAUAUUAG